GGGAGGUGGAGCGCAGAGACACAAAGGAAGAGGGAGUGAGCAGCUACAGCCAUCAAGGUGAAGGAGACACAGUCAACGUGAUAUGAACUUACAGGCUGGGAACUGAUCUGAGCACAACCUAACCGCUGAAAAGAAAAGAAAAAACACAAUAUUUUGAAGGCUGUUUUCUCUUUGGAUUUGCGGCCUCGAGGGGAGAUAAUAUUUGUAAGAGAUUGUUUUUUCAUCUAAGCCCCAGCCGCCUUUAUGGUGAUACUUCAUCAUGGUGGACCUGUUCAUUGACCACAUCCUGGUAAAGAACAACAAGGACCAGGAUGAGCUGGACACAGAGCGUGAGAUCGAUCUGCGCCUGCAGAACCGCAUCCUGAUGCUUUUCUUUGCAUCUUCUGCAUGUGAGGGCUGCCAGCGGUUUGCGCCCACGCUCAAAGACUUCUUCAAACGGCUGACAGAUGAAUUCUAUGUGGAUCGCUCUGCUCAGCUGGUUCUCCUGUACAUUAGUUUGGACCAGUCAGAGGAAGAGCAAGAAAGCUUCCUUAAAGAGCUGCCCAAGAAGUGCCUGUUCCUGGCGUUCGAGGACCCCUACAGGAGGGAGCUGGAGGCCAUGUUUAAUGUGGAGGAACUGCCCACAGUGGUAGUGCUGCGUCCCGACUGCUCCAUCCUCAUCCCUAAUGCAGUGGAGGAGAUCCUCUGCCUCGGCCCAGACUGCUACCGCAACUGGCAGGAAGCAGCAGAGCUCAUUGACAGGAGCUUCAUCAUCAGCGAGGACUUUGAGCAGAAGUCCAUGCGCAGCUUGAGUGACCCUAUCAGACGAUUGAAGUACAAGGUGGAAGAUGAGAAGAAGAAAAAGAAAAAGAAGAAAAAGUGCACAGGGUGGGGUGGAGGUGGAGAUCAGGAUGCGGAAGUGGACAAAGACGAAGGAGGGUCACCAUUUUGAUGGAGACCAAGAACAAAAGUUGAGAUGAUUAGUAAUUUAAAGCUCUGACUGAGAACCAGCAAAACUCAAAAGGAAUGAAAUAAGAUCAUGUUGUUCUAUCUUAUGAAAUGUGCUACUGAUACUGAUACCUGUUGUAAAUUUUAUUGAAACCUAUAUUCUUAUUCUUAUUCUUAAUAUUAUAUCAAAAUUAUUAUCCAGUCCAGUUUUAUUACUUUGUCAACUAACUGAAGUAAAUGAAAAUAUGAAAAGUUGAGUUUUCAGUCAUCAGAGCAAAUGUCAAACACAGAAACAUUUACACCUAUGUACGCAUUGAGCUCCAGUAAUCAAUAUGGGUGCAUUUACAGGUCACAUGACCACGUGUAUUGAGAAAGAGGUUACUCUUAGUGUCACUAACUCAACUGUGCAGCACGUUUUCACCUCGUUUAGCUUAUUGUUCGCAACAAGUGGCAAGCAGACAAGGUUAGUGACUAGCUAGUGAAGAAAGUCAAACUAUCUUGCUAACACUUUUUUAAGCAUUAUUUUUGCUAUUCUCUGUUGAUCAUUAAAAAAUAAAUACCAACAUUUUUUCAUCCUAUUCAAGAA